AUCACGUGUGUCACCAUGUAGUGGACAUAACAUAAUCACUACUUAUUCUUUAGCUAUUGUUAUUUUCUUCCAAUGCCUUUGCUUGAUUUAUUGCAAUUAAUCACCAAACUCAGUCACUUUUAAAUUUUGUUCUUACUUCAUCUGCUUUCAUUUUCUUCAUUAGAAGAAUGAUCGAGGCAAUUUGCCGUUGCUGCAAAUCUUAUUAACAAAAGAUAUUGCAAAAUUUUCAAUCUUUAGAUCUGGUUGCCUUGUGUACGUUCUGUUUUUGAAAGAUGGCUGAAACAAUUCUAUACAGCGUUGCUACAAGUCUCAUUAACAGUUUGGCUUCUGCUGCCUUACAUGAAUUUGCACGGAUUAAUGGUGUUAUGGGUGAGUUGGAAAGACUUAAGAACACAGUUGAAUCUAUUAAAGCUGUGUUGCUUGAUGCUGACGAAAAACAAGAGAAAAGUCAUGCUGUACAAAACUGGGUAAGAAGGCUUAAAGAUGUGCUUAUUCCUGCAGAUGACUUGCUAGAUGAAUUUCUUAUUCAAGAUAUGAUACAAAAAAGGGAUGAACCUCAUCGAAACAAAGUAAAAAAGGUACUUCGUUCCUUCUCUCCAAACAAAUUUGCUUUGCGCCAUAAAAUGACUAAUGAGAUUGAGAAAAUACAAAAAAUGUUUGAUGAUGUGGUGAGAGAUAUGACUGGGUUGAAUCUAAACCCAAAGGUUGGGGUGGUUGAGAAAACUAACAAUGAAUGGAGGGAAACCAGUUCUUAUGUGUUAGAAUCAAAUAUCAUUGGAAGAGAUGAUGACAAAGAGAAGAUUGUAAGCUUGUUGAGACAAUCCCAUGGAGAUCAGAAUGUUUCUUUGGUGGCUAUUGUUGGGAUUGGUGGUUUGGGAAAGACAACUCUUGCUCAGUUGGUAUAUAGUGACGACCAAGUUCAAAAUUUGUUUGAUAAGAGUAUGUGGGUAUGUGUCUCUGAUAACUUUGAUGUCAAAACUAUUUUGAAGAACAUGUUGAAGUCAUUAUUACCUAAGGAAAAAAUUGAUGAUACAUUAACAUUUGACAACUUGCAAACUAUGCUUCGUGACAAUUUAAAUGGUAAGAGAUACUUGUUUGUCCUAGAUGACAUUUGGAAUGAGAGUUCUGAAAAGUGGGAUAAAUUGAGGACUUACUUGAUGUGUGGUGCUCGGGGCAGUAAGGUUGUAGUGACAACUCGAAGUACAAUAGUGGCACAGAGAAUGGGUGUAAAGGACCCAUAUGUUUUGAGUGGUUUGAUUCCAGAAAAAUCUUGGAGUUUAUUAAAGAAGAUUGCAUUUGGGGAUGACACCAUUCGAGUGGAUCAAAAUAUUGAAUCAAUUGGUAAGAAGAUAGCAGAAAAGUGCAACGGAGUUCCAUUAGCAAUUAGAUCGUUGGGAAGCAUAUUACAGGGUAAAAGUGAAGAAAAGGAAUGGAAUGAUGUCUUACGAGGUGAUUUCUGGAAAUUGUGUGAGGAUAAAGAUAGCAUCUUGCCGGUUCUAAAAUUGAGUUACAAUAACUUAUCGCCUCAACAAAGACAAUGUUUUGCUUAUUGCUCUUUGUUUCCUAAAGAUUGGGAAUUCGAGAAGGAUGAGUUGGUUCAAAUGUGGAUGGCACAUGGUUAUCUUGAUUGUCCGAUGGAAGGGAAAUGCAUUGAAGAUGAUGGUAAUCAAUUCGUUAAUAUUUUUUUGAUGAAAUCAUUCUUCCAAGAACCAAAAUGGAAUGAAGAUGGUGAUUUAAUUGGUUUUAAAAUGCACGAUUUAAUGCAUGAUCUUGCAAAACAAGUAGCUGGUGAUGAUUGUUGUUACUUGGAUAAUAACACAAAAAGAUUUCGAGGAAGACCUGUCCAUGUAUGGGUUGAAUUUGACGCAUUUUAUUUGCUGGAAUCUUUGGAUGCUAGUAGGUUGCGAACUUUGAUUGUGCUUUCUUUUAAUGAUGAUGUUUUUUUGGAUAGAGAGAAACAAUCACUUAUUUCAAGGUUCAAAUACUUGCGUGUCUUGAAGUUGUGCGAAAAUCGUUAUAUUGAGCUAUAUGUUUCAAUUGAAAAAUUGAAUCAUUUAAGAUUUCUUAAAUUUUCUUUGAAUUGUAGACUAAAAAAGUUGCACAAGUACAUAGAAAAUCUUGUUUGUUUACAAACCAUACAAGUGUGGUUGCAUCCAAAAAGUGUACUUUCUACAAAAGUUGUCUCAAAAUUAAUCAACUUGAGAUACCUUUAUAUUGGUCAUUGGACCUUCAGAGACAAGACACCAGUUGGAUUUGGAAAAUUGUGCAUACCACAACAUAGGGAUAUAAAUUUUUCCAAAUGGCUUUCUCCUCUUACAAAUAUUAUUGAAAUAUCUCUUGAUAGUUGUGAAGGUUUCAAAUAUCUCCCACCUUUGGAAGGUCUUCCGUUCCUGAAGUCACUUUACUUAAGUAGCCUUGAUGAUUUGGAGUACAUAUAUUACGAAUUGCCUAUCCAUGAGCCAUUCUUCCCAUCUUUGAAGAGACUAGAGAUUCAGAUCUGUCCCAAACUGGUGGGAUGGAAGAGGAUGGGAGAUGAUUUCAAUGAUAUUAACACUUCAUCACAUCAUCUUUUCCUGCCUCAAUUUCCUUGUCUAUCUUUUUUUGAAUUUCCUUAUUGCCCAAUGUUGACUCGUAUGCCUACUUGUCCAAACAUUAAGAAAUUAUUAUUGCAAGUGGAGUGGACAUCAGAAGAAACGCCAAAUAUAGCACCGUCACAAUGCUCGCUCAGUUGCACUCCUCUUUCCUUGCAAAUUAAUGUGGAUUUGAAAAACGUCUCACAAUAUUGGUGGCAAAAUCUUACUUCUCUCCAGAAUCUUGAAUUUGUGGGUUUUACCGGUCAACAAUUUCAAGCAAUUGAAAAUUGGUUGUUUAAAGAAGACUUCAACUAUCUUCCUUCAUUGCGAAAUAUUGAAUUUCGACAUUCUUACUACAUAAACGCAUUGCCAGAUUGGAUAUGCAAAAUCUCAUCACUUCAGCAUAUCAAGAUAGAAUAUUGCAGAAAAUUGACAUCGCUGCCUGAAGGAAUGACACGUCUUACCAACUUACAUACCUUGGAAAUCAUUAAAUGUCCACUCUUAAUUGAAGAAUGUCAGAAAGAAACAAGUGCAACUCGGCCUACAAUUGCACACAUCCCAAACAUAAUCAUUGAAAAGUGAUUCGGAUUAGAAAGAAGAGUUAUGUGUACAAGCUAGCUAGCUUGCUCAAUAAAAGAAAUGGAUGCAUGGAGGAGAUGCUUGAAGAAGGCUGUUUGAUGGAAACUUAUGUGUACUACUAGUUUUAUUUUGUAGAAUAACUUGUUUAGCUCUAUUGGAAUGAUUUUAAUCGUAAUAGGUUAAAUUAGGUUUAUUUUUGUAUGUGUUUUGUUGAUUUGAUUGUUUAUGCUUGAAAUCAUGUCUUAUCUCUGCACUCUUUUUCCUUUCACCAAGGUUUUAUCCCACUGGGUUUUACUUGGUAAGGUUUUUAACGAGGCAGAAAGUUUCUCACACCUUGGGUUUUGGUCUAGUCCCCCUAAGGUUCAUUUGUAUUCUUCUUAUUUUAUUUUUAUUUAAUAUAUUUCAUUUGAGUGUUU